AUGAAGGAGGACAUGGACCGAGAGGACUUCCUCAAGAGGUCGUGGGACACCGCUCGAGAAGUCCCCAUCAUCGAGGACGAGAACACGCCCUGGAAACUCAUCAAACUGCUACGCUUCAUCACGCUCUGCACCGUCGCUCUGCUUGUGUUCGGACUCGCCCUCUGCAGCAAGACGGCCUUAAUGCUGCUGAUCACCAUGUCGAGUGAGGGCACGAAGGUGAUCCCUAAGGAGCAGAAGCCAGUGUCUCUGCUGUGCAUCGGCUGUGUCCUGGUCUCCUCCAGUCUCCUCCUGUUCCUUAAGAGCAUCUGGAAAGCCUGCAACAAAACCUCCAAGUUCCCACGCAUCAGCACAGCGGCUCUGGUGUUCUCCUUUGAGUUGGUGGCCUCUGCAGGAGCAGCCAUCCUCACCAUUGUGGCCAUGCCACAUCUCGACAUUGUGACCAAUGUGAGCAUCGUGAACGGAGCAGCCUUUCUGUCUGCGCUCCUGCAGAUCGUGGCUCAGUGCACGGCUAAAGAGAGAAACCGCUUCCUGGUGCCGUCCAUCACUGCUCUGAUCCUGGUGCUGCUGGGCUAUGGUCUCUUCUUAGCUCUGUAUGUGAUGAAGGACACCAGUGACUUAAAGAUGGCCAUGUGGGUGGGGCUUGCAGUAGGCGCCUCUCUGCUGAUGUCUUUGAACUGGUGGGAAAACUACUUUGGACUCAUCAGUGAACACAGCAGCUCCAUAGUGGUCAAAGGACUGUAUCACGACAUGAGGAAAUGCAGGAACACUCUGAACAUGUUCUCCAGCCUGCUCCGCAUGGCUGUGACCUUUUCAGUGCUGGGAGCCUACGUCCCUCUGUCCCAGAUGGACUGGGACGUGGUUAGGUCCAUCCCAGGGCCACAGACCCGGGUCAUAGCCAUCACAGUGGGGGUACAGCUGGUGUCCUCUGCCCUGUGCCACUGGUUCUCUCUGGCAGCCUGUAAAAUGCACGCCAUGCGGCGCUGCUUCAUCUUGCCCCUGUACCUGUCCUCUCUGUCCGUCAUGGCUCUGCUGGUGGUCCCUGUGAUUGUUUACUAUCAGGACUACAGGCUCGGCCUUAACGGCACCAGCACUAACUUCACUCACUACUGCAGCGCGGUGGUGGAGGCUCGGAAUGCCAGCCUGAACUCUAGUGUGUUCCCUGAGCUGGUCUAUGACGUCAGCCACACACUUUGCUUCCUGGACAUGUCCAAGAUGAGCGACAUCGGCCUCCUGACCGGCUCUGCGGUGUCGUGGUGGCUCGGCCUCCUGCUGUGUACUAUCCAUCUGUGGCACUUAAGUCUUUUCCGCAUCCAGAGGACCCAGGACCUGUUUGUGCGUGGCCUGUAUGAAGGAGGCUUCAUCGAGCAGUCGCUGCUGCUCAACAUGCGCUUCGAAGUCAAGACUUCAGGAAAACUCAAGAAGCCAAAAACCUUUGAUCCUGCGAUGAUUUAUUUGUGUGCAACAAUGUGGCAUGAAACCUAUGACGAGAUGCUGAACAUUAUCAUCUCCAUUUUCAGACUGGAUAAAUACAGACCACGAGGAAACACAGAGUUCACAGAUUUCAGCUUUGAGGCACAUAUUUACUUUGACGAUGCCUUUCUGGACAUAAAAGGAAGCCGAGGGCGUCACUUGAAUGAAUAUGCCAAGAAUCUGGUAGAAAUCAUUGCUGAGGUGUAUGGCAUUUUCACAAACAUAGAUGAGAAGAUAUUCAUAAAGAAACAGCAGCACACAAAACAAAGUAUUGUCAAAACGCCAUACGGAGGUCGUAUCGUUGUUAAAAUGCCAAAUGGGAAUGACAUAGUGAUUCACUUUAAGGACAAAGAUCGAAUCCGACACAAAAAGAGGUGGUCACAGGUGAUGUACCUUUACUACCUUCUGGGAUUCAAGCUCAUGACCAAGUACUAUUCUCGUUGGAAGAAAGGAGAAGUCGAAAGCUCCCUUAAGCAAGACAUCCAGAAAGAGAAACACAACACGUACCUCCUGGCUCUGGACGGAGACACAGACUUCCAACCCACUGCUGUGGUUCUUCUCAUCGAUCGCCUCAAAAUGUAUCCUCGAGUCGGAGCCGCGUGUGGCAGAAUCCACCCCACUGGAACAGGCCCGGCGGUGUGGUUCCAGAAGUUUGAGUACGCCAUCAGUCACUGGCUGCAGAAGACGGCGGAGCACGUGUUCGGAUGUGUGCUGUGCAGUCCAGGAUGCUUCAGUCUGUUCAGGGCCGAGGCGCUCAUGGAUGACAACGUGAUGAAGAGGUACUCCAGCAAGUCUAUGGAGGCCAGCCAGUACAUCCAGUACGAUCAAGGUGAGGACCGCUGGCUCUGCACUCUGCUUUUGAAACAAGGCUGGAGAGUCGAGUACAAUGCUGCUUCAGAUGCCUACACCAAGGCUCCCGAGGACUUUAAAGAACUCUACAACCAGCGACGUCGUUGGGGCCCUUCCACCAUGGCCAACGUCAUGGAUCUCCUAGGAGCAACAACAUCGAUUUCCAAGAAAAAUCCGUCCAUGUCAAAGCCCUUCAUGUUCUACCAACUUUUUGCCAUUAUUUCUGGCAUCCUAGCCCCAGCCACAAUCUGUCUCAUGUUAGCAGGGAGUAUGUCUUUCAUGUUCAACCUUCACUCUGGCCUGGCGCUGGUGCUAGCGGUGGUCCCCCCAGCCAUUUACCUGGGUCUGUGCUUCAAGCUGAAGGCCGACACGCAGAUCACCAUCGCAGGUGUUCUCAGUGUGGCCUAUGCCUUCCUCAUGCUGGUGGUGUCCAUGGCCAUCAUCGGUGCGAUGAUUAAAGACCGAACCAUCUUCACUCCCAGCAGCAUGUUUGUCAUCGUCAUGGCGCUCAUCUACUUCAUCACGGCGCUGAUGCAUCCGCAGGAGUUCAACCUGGUCUUCUACGGCUUCCUCUACAUCAUCUGCAUCCCCAGUGCCUACAUGCUACUCACCAUCUACUCCAUGGUCAACCUCAACAACGUGUCAUGGGGAACCAGAGAGAGCAAGCCUGCCCCUGGGGCAGCUGUGGCUCAAUCUGCCGCUCCGAAGACGGCUAAAGAGAAAGCUAAAAGUGCGAUGCAGCGCAUGUAUUCAUGGACACAGUGCUGCUGCAGAAGGCCCAGUCAGAGGCAGGAGGCGCGGGCUGUCCCUCUGGAGGUGACGGAGGAGCCCACAGAGGAGGACGAGCCAGGACCCCUCAACACCAUCGUGGACGGUAUCUCCACAGACGACCACCGGGACGAAACAGUGUAUGAUUACCCUUAUCAAUGCUGGGUGACAGAGAUGCAGGGUCUGGCCACAGAUAUGGAGCUGGAGGAGAAUUCGCUUGAGAAGGAGGAAGAGCAGUUCUUUAUUGACCUGAUACAGAAAUAUCUUGAACCUUUGCCAGAGGAUAAAGCCAAACUGGAGAAAACCAAAGAGUCACUAAAAGACCUAAGAAACAAGGUGAACUUUGGCUUCUUCUUCCUGAACGCUUUGUGGCUGGCGGCGACCUUCACGCUUCAAACCUUUGACGUGGCCAUCUUCAUCGAGCUUCCCAAACUGAGCGUGGAGUUGGAGGAGCUGGGAGACCUCAAAAUUGACCCCAUUGGAUUCAUGUUCAUCAUCGGAUUCGCCGCCUCAGUCAUCAUCCAGUUUUUGGCCAUGCUGUUCCACCGACUCAACACGCUGAUCCAUUACGUGGCCUUCUUGAACACGGAGCCAAAAGCAGAGUCGAAAUCAGAUGACGUAUAUUUCCCUCCCAAAAAGAAGGUCGUGUCCACUCCCAGCAUCGAGACACGGUCAGAUUACGGCUCGGACUCCAUCGCCAUGUCGGAUGUCGCCAGCGGCUCGUCACCGAGCGAGAGCGACUUCUACAGCAGCGAGAGCGACGACGACAUGUUCUCCUACAUGUCCCGGCCCAGAACCGGGGGCACCCUGGUGUGA